UUUGAGAACACCAUACGGUAAUCCGUCGCUAGGACGCGAGAUGCUAGAAAAAAUGAAGAAAAAAAACAAUUUUGUUUGAUAUUGUGAAUAAAUAAUGGUUCUGUAGGAGGAGAUCAUGCCCUUGUCUAUUCCACUCCUGAGGAGGAGGUGCAGGGGGCCCUUGAACGAGGUCAAAUAUGUUGAUUUGUCAAAUCGUGGUCUAGCAAAGAUAGAGAAUCUGAAUGUACUCCCGAAGCUAGAGACGCUGAUUUUAAAAGGCAAUGACAUCACUCUGGUUCAAAACCUUAUGGUAUGCCACCACCUGUGGCAUCUUCAUCUCGGAAACAAUCAGGUGACAAAUCUUGAUGGUUUGAGUAAAUUUGUUGCUCUUGGCAUUCUUAAUCUGAGCCUGAACAAUCUAACAUGGAGGGACCUGAGGCAUAUCAGACACAUGUACAUCCUGGAACUUACUCUCCAUGGCAACCCCAAGCUAGAUAAAGAUCCCUAUUAUCGUAUUCAUGUAAUUGAUUGUCUUCCUAAUGUAUGGAUGUUGGACGGGAGACUAAUAACAUCUGCGGAGAGGAUUCAGGUUCAGCAUUUCUUCCAGGAUACAUCAGUGUCAGAUCACCCAGUGAGACACAAGCUUCCCAAAGAUCAGUUUGUACCCAGUUCUCAAAAGAAGAUUCAAGUUCAUGGAAUAUAUGGUCAUAAGACAACACACUUCAUGAUGAAGUUCCCAACGACUGGUGAUCUGAAUGUUGGCACAGACCACAGACGCCUGGCGUAUAUGGCAUACAACAUACAAGGAGACAUCCUGACGGAGAGUCAACAGACGCAAAGCAGAAAUCCAGGGUUGACACGCCAUAAUUUCCUGGAGCAGCUGCUGGAGAUGCGCACAUCAGAGAGAGAAAAGUGCAAUGUCCUCCUGCUGUUGCUUGUAGCUUCGUUAGAGUUUGAUAUUCCACUUUCACUCCUUCAGGAUGCUUUGACCGUCACCAAGCUUAGAGACAUCAUAGAUGACUUUGAUAGUCUUGAUCUCUUUCUAAUGUCGGAGGAUCAUCAGUGUCGGGUUCUAUCUCUCUUACUCAGUGCUGUCAAGGCUGAUAGAGAUGAUCAUCAGGACGGUGGAUUGUACGACAAGCUUUACCUGUGCCUGUAUUACACUGUCGCUGAACUUAUCAAACAUAAUAACAUUGGAAGCAAGAAGAGUGAGGGGUCCGUUGACAGAACAAAUCCAAUUUAUCGUGAGUAUCGAUCUCUGCUUGCGGCUGAAGUGGUCCAGCUCCUGUGUAUCGUGCCUUCCUUCUACACCUUCCUGAACAGAGACCUUUCCAUCUCCCAUCUGGUUACCCAAGCUACGGGGAAGGCAUCAACCAUGGAGGGAGUCGAAGCGGUGAUGGAGAGAAUACGACUUACAGGGGGUCAGGGAUCAAACCAUCGUAUCAUUGAAGAGGUGUCCGAGUACCUAAUGGAGAGUAUCCAGAGGAACACCAAGAAAGUAUUGCAAAAGAAAAUCUCUUCCAAGAGUUCUUCGAACUUUGUACUAGAGACGCCUAGAGCUUUGCCAAAGAGACCACAAUCAUCACCCGUCUUUGCCAGUAAGUUCCUGGCUGUAGGCCAACCCAGUCCUGUCGGUAAGCCUUAUUCCAGGCCCACCAGCAGUCGACAAUCCUCCAGGCUUUCCCUGCGCCCCACCACCGCGCCGUCCGUUCGCUCAUCCGCCUCGGAACGCAUCCAACCAGCAGCAUCCUCCAUGUCACCGCUGGCCACGGCCAUGAAGCCCCGUGCUGCCUCCGCCGGGGUGUGUCGUUACCCCAAGAAGCAGGAGGAGUGGCGGCCGGCUAAGCCUCCCAGGUUGGGGGACAAGGUGCUGUUGGGUCCCCAGAACCUGGCUUACAUCAUUGCUCUACCAGAGUACGAUGUUGCUUUGCUGCAGAUGGAGGCUAUUCCAGAUCUAUCUAAAACAUGGAAAGCACCCAAUGGUUCUGUUGUUAGCUUCACUCGAAACACAGAUGAGCAUUAUGCCUAUAUGAAUAUGAUUCAUAUGGAAUGGGACUCUCGUUACAAGUACUGGAAACCCAUUGGCACUGUUGGGGACAGGAUUACACUUCAGACUGUUGAAAGCAACUUUGAGACCAAACCACCACCAUCGAGCCCAACAUCUAGCCUUAGUCCCAGAUCACCAGAUGAAACAGGAACAGAAUGUACUCCUCAUCCUUCACCGAGAGAAUCGAAUGAGAACUUGCCCAGACUUAUCUCACUGAGAUUCCGGGAUAAACUGCAGCUGAGUCCAGAGAAGAUCAUUCCCAUUGAAGGAAAGAUGCUUGAAGAACCUGAAGAAAGACCAUUGAGUUUACAUGAUGAAGGUGAUCAAGACAGAGAUCACGAAACAAUCAACCAAGGAGAAAUUGAAAUUCUGGAGCAUCACGGAUAUGAUGAUGAGAGUAGACAAAAGGCCGAUGCUCCAGUGGAACAAAGUGAUUCACAAUCUGAUGCGAAGCAGGCAGAUAAAGAAACAACUUUAUCAGAGAUACUGAGUGCUAGGAUGACAGAAGACAAGAAGAUGGGUGACCAUGAGAACCAGCAUCCUCAUCACAGCCUUGAUGAUUCUCUCUAUAACUGUUUACGCUGUGCCAUGGAAACAAUACAAAUAAACACAGAUACUCCUACUACUUCAGCCCGUUCAGACACAAGAUAUCAAACAGAAAGAGAGAGGACUGGAUCUAUGGUGAAUCAAGUUGCGGAAGCAAAUACAGCAUCUACAGAUGACCUGGAUAUAUCAGAGGCUCUCCUUAGCCAAUCCAAGAGAGCUCCCAGUAGACCGAACACGGCCAAGAGUGCGCCAGAUUCGUACAGGUCACAAGCUGAAGUGAAUGUAUUGGAUCUCAAUGUGUGGCCAGAUUCAGGCGUUUAUACGGAGUACCAGAAGGAAAGGACUAAAGCUUGGGGAAGCACUCUGAAAAGACCAAAGUCGUCUUCUUCAAUUCGAAGUAAAGAGCGCCCAUUGUCACGAGCAUCCUCUGCUAAAAGUAGGUCUAGCACACCCACCCAACCAGUCCUUAUUCAAAUGGGUAACCACUGGUUGGCAGGGGGACGAGAUGUUGCCUCAUGGGAGCGCAUCACCAAUCGGAUGAAGACCUUUCAUGCCCCAGGAUGGAUAGAGGGAUCUCCGACAUCAAGGAGACCAAAGUCGGUGGGACCACACAAGUACAAACCAAGAGGUGCAGUAACUGUGCAACGUCGUGCCAAGUCUGCAGUAGGCCCACGAGAAAAACAUAAUUUUUAUGAAGAAUCAUCACACCCCCCUCCAUCCCCUGCAUCCACUGAUUUCACUCAAGCUGAUAUAGAAGAUGAUCCUGAUCCUAACUACCUCCACCAAGCUCAUCAACAUAACUUCACGUCAUCAUCACCCUCAUCGCGCCCACCAUCAGGUGUCCAAAGAUCUGCAACGCCACCCUUCGGGGGCCCAAAGAAACCUGCUUCACCUCUUCAGAUGACGGUCAAGUUUAUGUGAUUUGUUAAAUUCGAGCUUGCAACAUAACUUCACAUCAUCAUUCCUUUCAUUGUGCUCAGCAGGUUCAAGAGACAUUAUACCCCCCCCUCCCCCCGAGUGUUAAAGAACCGGUUUCACAUCUUAUGAAUGUCAAGACUUAAUGAUUUGUACCAUUUCAUAUUUUGAACUAGAAGGCGUAGUAGGUUCUGCAUAUGUCAAAUCUUGUUGGACCGCAAAAAUCUGUAAAGAACACGUUUUGAGCAUGUUCUUGUCUUGUGACUUAGCCGUUAAUUCUACUUACGGAAGACUGAAUCAUGAAGAGUGUACAGUAUAUCAUCACUGCGACACAAAACUUUUAUUUCAGAGUUUUGACUGGAUACGACUCAAUAAUCUAGUAAGUGAUAUGAUAUCCUAUCCAACUUCAUAUCUCUCUUUAAGGAAUGAAACCUUUAUGUCAUUUUGAAGGAGAGGGCUGUGGCGAAUGUUUUUCUUUCUCUAGACCCUGAGCUGUUUUUAGAUGCAUGGUUUUGUCACCACUGGAGCAAUAUCAGUGGGUUUGUAUUGUGUGUGUGUUGGCCACAUUGAAAUCAUGGUUUCAGCUUCUUAGAAGAUUGCAAACUGAAAUGUACCCUGUGGGGCCAACUGGUCACUAGAUAAAAAAGUUAGUCAGAUUGACUCUCCAGCCAUUUCAAAAGUAGAUUUUGUCAUUCAUUUAAUGCACUGUCAGCAAUAUUUUUGGCAUCCAUGUUAUCAUUCUAUUUUAUUUUACAAAAUAUGAGUUUUAUUUACAUGUCUAAGGGAUUACUUAGUAAUUUGCAGAAAUAGAGCAUUUCCUACACUUAUGACUUUCCUAACUUUUCUUGCCUUAGUUAUUUUUAAUUUGUUUCUUGGGUCUUUUUACUUCCAGUUAAGUAAAUAAUAAAAACCUAUCUUAUAGAGAGUAUGAUCACAAAGCAGUCUUAAAUCUAUUAAGAUUGUCUGCAGAGAUGUCCCGAUUUUUUUCCAGAAUUUUUCAUUUUUUUUCAAUCUUGACUUUAAUGUGAGGUAUAAAUAACAUACCUAACACCUUAAUCCCGAUGUUCAGUUUCUCUCUGUAAGCAAUAUAUUUAUAAUCUGUAUAUUUUGUGAUCAUUAGAUUUGAUUAAAGAUUAAAUUAUAAAGUUCUUUAUGGUUGACAUUUUAUUUUAGGAUGAAUGUAGUGGCUGUGUAUUCUCAUUUUCAUAUAACACCACUGUGGCUGAAUAUGUGUGUCUUUAUUCAUUUUGAGCUGUAGUUAGAUUGUGAUACACAUUUGUUCCUCUAAUAUUUCUACAAAAUUACAUCUGUUUCAAAACUUUUUAACUGUAAAUAUUCAUUUGUCAAACAGUGCACUUCAAGAAUUCCAUUAUCUCUAUGCAUACUGUAUUUUAUGAGAAAAUUUUUUUUCUUGGGAUAUGUUCCUUCAAAUUUUGUCACCUUUGGGAAGAGUCAAUGCUGGUCAAUAUUUCAUCAAAAUCUAUUAAUGCAAUGACUCUUUAAUUAAUUUGAGUGUAUAAGUAUGCUGUUUUAAGACAUGUGUAUAAUAUAAAUUAUGUCCAAGUGUUACAGCUUAGGAUGUUUAUUGUCUGCUACUGUAUGGCAGGGUUUUUAGACCAAAGGGCAAAGGCCAUUGUUAGUUUGUUUUUAUAACAAUUUUUCUUUUCAUCAUAUGAAAAAAUAUUUUGAUAACAUCACACACAAAAGUAAAUUUAUAAAUUUGGAAGAUCCUCUCCGUUUAUCUCUGUGUGCAAUAGAUAAAUUUUGAUUUUAUAUUAUUUUAGGCUUAUGUUUAUCUUUCUAAUGAUCACACCCACAUUUAAUGUUUAAUCUUCAGUUUACCUCUAUAACAUGUACCGAGACAGUUCACACGAUGCAUGCAUUUUCAUAAAAUUCACCAACAACAUAGAUUAUUAUGAAAGGUUUCCGUUUGGGGUCAACCAAUUCUUCUAUUAAAGCUAAGACGGGCUGGAGGCAAGAAUUUGAUAAAGUAAAGAAAUAUUUAACUAAAUGAUGAAUACCAAUCACAAGGAUUACUUUGUAGAACUAUAUUUGCGAGAUCCCAUUAAGAAAAAGUGUUUGAAUGUGGUUUAUACACUGUAAUCACUGUGAUUAAUGUAUGGUGUUGAUUACACUUUGGUCGGCCACACUCUCACAAUGCAUAUGAGUGACAUCACAAGAAUAGUACAGCCUGCGUGCAUGUAUUAUGAAAUUUAUGUACAUAUGGGCAUUUUCACCACAGAUGGACACAGAGGCAAAAAAAUCAAGUUGAUAUUCAUGUCAAAUGCUUUAUGUUUUUUAAUAAAACAAGACCUGAAGUUUCUGAGACAAAAUUUUUUUCCGACUCUGGCAGCCAUUUUUUAUUUCAAAAUGGCUGCCAAAGUAUGGAUACAAAUUAGUGUUGAAAAUAGUAUAUUGAUACAUAUUUUGUUUUGACAGAUUUUUAAAGAACAGGUUUGAUCAUGUUGUUUUUGCCUGUGAUUUAGCUUGCUAUUAUAACACUUUUUAAAAUCCCACAGAAAGAAACACCAGUAAUUCAUUCAUCUGAUAAAAAAACAUUGAUGAAGUAUGUGAUAUGGUAUGUAAUGUCAGUUACCGAAAACAUGAACUUUUUUUUAUCAUUUCCUGGAAAAGAGGAUAUAUUAUAUGAAACUUGGUAGAUUUCCUCUCUAGGUAACACCCCUCCCUUCUACACCAAAAUCAAAGAUUACCAAUUAACAAUGAAGCCAUAGGGUACCAUUAAAUAUAUGUAAUGUCAGUUACCAAGUGGAAAAUGUAAUGUCAGUUACCGAGAUGUAAUGUCAGUUACCAUGAUAAAACGUUGGUUACCAAUAUUGAAAUGCAAAUAUGUGGUCAAUUUUAUGGUGAAGAAAUAUUGUAUACUUGUUAUUUAAGUCUUUCACUUUAAAAGUCACACCAGAAGGAGCUUGCUAUUGACUUUUAAAAGGUAUAGUUCACAAGGAAUACUAUAUGAAAUUAUGAAGGAAGUUGCAUUCCCAUCGUGCAAAAAAAUUACUAUGAAAUUGUUUUGUACAUGCACUUACCAAGUACCUAAUUGUUUGUAUCAGACAAUUCUUUGUUUGGUUUUCGGGGGGGGGGGGGGGGGGGGUAGGGGGUACUUUUCCCAACCUAUUGCCUAAAUCUGCAACAUUUUUUAAGCUUAACAUUGUGAUGAAGGGGAUUUCCAGGGUCCAUUUUUUAGUUUCUAGGAUUCUUUUGAGCAUUGCCUUGCUAAAAGUAAAUUCCUGGUUUUUAUACACGGUCUGUUAGUAGUGUGGAUGUGUGAUACAAUUUUGUUUUGUGUUUACAAGUAUAGAUGAAAAGUGAAAUUUGACAGUUCUGAUCAAUGUUGCAUGGAUCUACUAAAACUGUUUUUUUUUUCUAAUUUACAAAUAGUUCAGUUUCAGUUUAGAAGCUGGAGUUUAUUUUUUGUUGACAGCUU